GGUAGGCGCGUCGUCUGGAACAACCCAGAGCACUUCAACCCGACCACAAUUAGCUGUCAGCAUUGUCUUCUGCCUCAUCGUCUAGCUUCCGGUGAGUACCGCUCACUGAACGGAGCUACAGCGCAGUCAGUUGCAUCACUUAUUCCAACUCCACCGCGACCCAAACCGAGUCGCAUAUCAACAGCCUCAAGUUGUCAGCUGCGCAAAUCGCACGCCUCACAUUGGUCAAUAUGCCUAUGGUCCUGCGCAAACGUAAGGCGCCAGAGCCGGCACUGCCGCUCCCGCCAGCCAAGACAACGGCAGUCAAGAAGACGGUAGUCAAGAAAACGAUCCCCAAGGCUAAGGAGUUUGUUGACCCCGUCAAACCCCCAUCGCCACUCAAGCAGAGCUCUGCAAAUGCAAAGCCUGCGCAAGGCGAUAGUAUCAACCUAGAAGGGUUCGGCGGCCAAGUCACAACAUCGGACGGUUCCAAAGUUACGCUCCAGGGCCUUGUCGACCAAAGCGAGGCGGGUGUUGUGCUCUUCACAUAUCCCAAGGCCAAGACGGGCGGAUGUACCAACCAAGUCAAGUUUUUCCGUGACGCGCACUCGGAGCUCGUAUCCACGGGUCUUUCCAUCUUCGGGCUUUCCAAUGACUCUCCGAAGGCCAAUGCCAGCUUCAAGCAACAGCAGGGCCUCAUGUACGAGCUCUUGUGCGACCCCGACAGAACCCUUAUCAGCGCCAUUGGAUUAAAGACGUCGCUUGGCAAGACGCAGCGUGGCAUAUUCGUCGUCAGCAAGGAGGGGAAAGUCCUGGCGGCCGAGCCCGGAGGUCCUGCGGCUACGGUCGAGGUCGCGAAGGAGGUCGUCAGUCAGAUGAAGGAUAACAAGGAGACGAAAGUGAAGUAGAAGCGGAGGACACCGGUGAAGAGGAAGCCGAGACGGACAAAGCCAAGGCGUAGAAAGCUCUGGCAAUAGAAGUCGAGCGGCCUGCGAGGCAGUACACCAUUUCCAAGACCGAACGCAAAGCUCGGGCUUUCCGGGUGCAGGAG